CGCUUUCUUUUUUUUUUUCUUCUCUGGCUAGGAUUAUUGGACUUCUACUGGUUUUUGGCUACCAUUGCUCUUAUUGAACUUCCGAUGGGGCUCUUUAAACGUUGUUGAGGUUUGCAAAGACCACAGUAUUGAGUCUUUACUACUUCUAGCUGGAGACAUGGAAGCUACAUCUCACUCUAAAAGAGCAGAUAGAGUACAUAAUUGUGAAUUUAAGUGGGGUGAAAGUCGUGGAGAUGGUGGGACAGAUAAUGAGGUCCAAUUUUACAAGUCAUUUACGUAUGAUGGUGUAGAAUACUCUUUGUAUGAUUGCGUCUAUAUGCAUGUGCAUGGACUAAAUGAGCCGCAGGAGCCUUAUAUUGGGAAACUUGUGAAAAUAUGGAAGCUGCGAGAUCAUAGGAAGUACAUUAGGGUCGUAUGGUUUUUUCGGCCUAAUGAGAUACUUAAUUGGUUAGGAGAUGAUGAUGCAUCACUCAAGAAUGAGAUAUUUUUGGCGUGUGGCAAAGGUGAAGGCCUUUAUAAUGACAAUCCUCUGGAAGUACUUGUUGGCAAAUGCAAUGUUGUCUGCACAUCGAAGGACAGCAGAAAUCCUCAACCUUCCGACAUGGAAAUGAGAAGGGCUGAUUAUGUCUUCUAUCGUACUUUUGAUGUUGGAAAACGCAAAAUAUCAAAUAGAUAUGAGGAUAUAAUAGCUGGCAUUGAAGUCAGGCACUUCUUCAACGCAACAAGUCAUCGGAAUGACAAUUGGAAAACAGAUUCCUCUUCCAAGUUAGACUUGCCUAAAGCAGUGGCAACUCUGGCAAAAGAUGGGAAGCCUGGUGUCCAAACAAAUCCAUCAAUGAAAGGUGCAGAAUCGAAGAGAAGUAUCGCUAGUGGAUCAGAUCAGGGACGCAUUUCUGAUGAAUGGGUCUGGCCAAGGGUCACAACUUUUGACAAGAGUACAAUUAAAACUGGAAACAUUCCAUCCAUUCAAGUUGUGGAUGAAGGAAACCUAAAAUCUGUUCAGGAUUCAUUACAUUUGGAAGCAUCUGAUGGUAGACCUUUCAAAAGAAGGAGACUUCUUCUUGGCACAUCAGUUAAACCUUCGGAGAAACUGGAAUCCAAUGUGUCUCCUGCACUAGCAAGGGAAGAAAGUAAUACCAAUAUCUUGAAGAAGCUUACAGUUGAUCCCAAGGAGAGUGCUGCAAAGCCUCCAGGGUUUUUUUAGAGAAUAUCUCCAUAUAAAUCAAAUGGUGACACCAGAAAAGAUCUUGUUGGUUAGGUAAUGAUUUCUACGGUGAGUUCCAGUGACAGCAACCAAGCUUUCUGGUAAAGCAUAUCGUAAACUUGCAGUAGAGGACAUCAGAACUGAAAGCCAAGUAAUAGAUGUCACCAGAAGGCCAGAUGCUCCCUGGAAGGAAGAAAUAGAGAGAGGUCAUGAGCAAGGAACCCUUGUCCUGCUGAGAAAUUUGGACUCAUGUUAUGCUUCAGCAGAAGUAGAGGUAUCUAUGGUACAUCUCAAGUUGUAAGGUCUUAGAGGCUAAGAAUUUAAUUAAGGGCUAGUUUGUACUGUUAUUCUUUAAUCUCUCCAUUUUAAGCUCUAUUUUGCUUCUUUGUUUUCUCUCCUU